UGCCCUGGGUGAUGGGGGCAAAGGUGGGACAGUGGAGACUGAGAUAGAGGAAGUUGAAUAAAGGUGAACAUGAUGGAUAAACUAAGAAACACAAAUUGCUUUUUCAGUGUGCCCAGGGUGCUGAGUUGGGGGAAGGGUCAGCAAGACCCUGCCUGGCGGUUGUUAUGCAUCAUUUUCUGGGCCCAAAUCCACAUCCAUGUCUGUCAUAUUCUCACAAGCAACGUCUCCCUGGAAAUUUCCUUGAUCCUCACUGUGAUUCUUCAGAGAGAAGAAAGGAAAACACAGGUUCAGAAAGGUGGUGUGGGUCCACAGUCACGCAGCCAGCCCAUGGCAACAGCACAAAUAAGACCCUGUCUUCCUGGCUCUGGGUCCUGGGUCCCAUCACCCCCUACCCCUCACUUGAGCAUAGGCCGGGAAGUGAUGAAAAGCUCACGUUAUGGUGCCCCUUGUUCCUGUCUUUAGAGAUCCUGUCCUACAAUGAGGCCCAAGGGGAAUGUCUGAAGGGACCUGGGGUGGCCAGUAAGAGGGGCCCCGUGGACACCAGGAUCCCGGAGUCACAUGGGAAGUGCAAAUGUCCCAGGAUUGCCUAGGGCCUUGGUUGUCUCGAUGGAGCCUUCCUCCUUAGGGACGCCCAGAGUGAGUAAGAGCUCCCUUACUCAGCCUUUACGCCACCGCCCUCUCCAGGGGCCCCUCCCAGCCAGGUGUCAGCAGAGAAGGAGGAGGAGGGGAAGAGGAGGAGAGGAAAAGAGGGAGGGAGUGAGGCCACCACUCCAGUCCAGGCUGCUGGCUCCCAGGCCUGGUGUUGGUGGGAGGGACCUGGCGGGGCGGGAACAGCCGGCUGCCUGCCGGGAGCCAAAACGAAAGCACUCUGGCAGGGACUGGACGGGAGUCAGGGCUCCUGGGAGAGGGCGUGCGCAAGCGGCCCAGCGCCGGGACCCCGAGACUGGGGAGGGAUUCCAGCCCCUCCUGCCCGCAGGCACGCAGCUGAGUGGGAGAAGAGGUGUGGUGUCAGCCCCCCUUCGGGGGGGGGGGCAGGACAGGGCCUCAGGCCUGGGUGCUGCCUGGCACCUGGAAGAUGCCUGUGCCCUGGUUCUUUCUGUCCUUGGCACUGGGCCGAAACCCUGUGGUCCUCUCUCUAGAGAGGGUUGUGGGGCCUCAGGACACUGCCCGCUGUUCUCCGGGCCUUUCCUGCCACCUCUGGGAUGGUGACGUGCUCUGCCUGCCUGGGAGCCUCGUGUCUGCCCCGGGCCCCAUGCUGGUGCCCACACGCCUGCAGACAGAGCUGGUGCUAAGGUGCUACAAGGAGACCGACUGUGACCUCUGUGUGCGUGUGGCCGUCCACUUGGCUGUGCAUGGGUACUGGGAAGAGCCUGAAGAUGAAGAGAAGUUUGGAAUUGCAGAGGACCCAGAGAUCGAGGAGCCUAGGAACGCCUCUCUCCAGGCCCACGUCGUGCUCUCCUUCCAGGCCUACCCUACUGCCCGCUGCGUCCUACUGGAGGUGCAAGUGCCUGCUGCCCUCGUGCAGCCUGGUCAGUCUGUGGGCUCUGUAGUAUUUGACUGCUUCGAGGCUGCCCUGGGGGCUGAGGUGCGAAUCUGGUCCUACACUCAGCCCCGGUACCAGAAGGAACUCAAUCUCACACAGCAGCUGCCUGACUGCAGGGGUCUCGAAGUCCGGGACAGCAUUCAGAGCUGCUGGGCCCUGCCAGGGCUCAACGUGUCUGCAGAUGGCGACGACGUGCGCCUGGUGCUGGACGUCCCUGAGGAGAUGCGCUUUGGCCUCUCCCUGUACUGGAACCAGGUCCCGGGCCCUGCAAAACCCUGGUGGCACAGAAACCUGACUGGGCCGCAGACCAUUACCUUGAACCACACAGACCUGGUUCCCUGCCUCUGUAUUCAGGUGUGGCCUCUGGAGCCCGACUCUGUCAGGACCAGCAUCUGCCCCUUUAGGGAGGACCCCCGUGCACACCGGAACCUUUGGCGUGCCGCCCGGCUGCAGCUGCUGCCCCCGCGGGCCUGGCGGCUGGACGCGCCGUGCUCACUACCCGCUGAGGCCACACUGUGCUGGCAGGCACCGGAUGGGGGCCCCUGCCAGCCGCUGGUCCCACCGCUGCCCCGAGAGAAUGUCACUGUGAACAAGGCUCUUGAGUUCCCAUUGCUGAAAGGCCACCCCAACAUCUGUGUCCAGGUGAGCACCUGGGAGAAGCAGGAGCUACAAGAGUGCUUGUGGGCUGACUCCCUGGGGCCCCUCAAGGAUGACAUGCUGCUGGUGGAGACACGAGGCCCCCAGGACAACAGAUCACUCUGUGCCUUGGAAUCCAGUGGCUGCACUCCACUGCUUAGCAGGGCGUCCACGAGGGCAGCUCGUCUUGGAGGACCAUUACUACAAGAUGUGCAGUCAGGCCAGUGUCUUCAGCUGUGGGAUGAUGACCUGGGAGCACUAUGGGCCUGCCCCAUGGAAAAGUACAUCCACCGGCGCUGGGCCCUGGUCUGGCUGGCCUGCUUACUCUUGGCCGCUGUGCUUUUCCUUCUCCUCCUCCUCAAAAAGAACCACGUGAAAGGGUGGCUGAGGCUCUUGAAGGAGGACGUCCGCGCGGGGGCGGCCGCCAGGAGCCGCGCGGCUCUGCUCCUCUACUCCGCCGACGACGCUGGCUUCGAGCGCCUGGUGGGCGCCCUGGCUUCGGCGCUGUUCCAGCUGCCGCUGCGCGUGGCCGUGGACCUGUGGAGCCGCCGCGAACUGAGUGCGCAGGGGCCCCUGGCCUGGUUCCACGCGCAGCGGCGCCAGACCCUGCAGGAGGGCGGCGUGGUGGUCCUGCUCUUCUCGCCCGGGGCCGUGGCGCUGUGCCGCGAAUGGCUGCAGGACGCGACGUCGGCGGCCGGGGCUCACGGCCCGCACGACGCCUUCGCCGCCUCGCUCAGCUGCUUGCUGCCAGACUUCUUGCAGGGUCGGGCGCCCGGCCGCUACGUCGGGGCCUACUUCGACAGACUGCUGUCCCCGGACGCCGUGCCCGCCCUGUUCCGCAGCGUGCCGGUCUUCUCACUGCCCUCACAGCUGCCCGACUUCCUGGGGACCCUGCAGGGGCCCGCAGCCCCCCGCCCCUGGCGGCUCGCGGAGAGAGCGGAGCAGGUAUCCCGGGCCCUGCAGCCCGCCCUGGACAGCUGCUUCCGGGCCCCGGGGACGGGACGCGGGAUGGGGCCUGAGGCAGAGAACAGGACUUGAAUAAAGGCAGACGCUAUUUUUCUA